AUGAAAAUGAUAAUGAGUGAUAACAUGCAUACCAUCGAUGACUACAGGCGUCUGUACGACAAGUCCAUCACAAAUAAGACCGACUUUUGGCGGCGAAUGGCCGACACAUUUGAUUGGCACACAAUCGCUGGCCAUUCGCCCCGUUUUGGCCACAAUUUUGACACUUCUUCGGCACCCAUUGACGUCCAUUUCAUGAGCGGUUCCCAAACCAAUGUCUGCCAUAAUCUCAUCGAUAGGAACAUCGCCUUAGGCUUCGGCUCACGAAUCGCUUACCACUGGGUUGGCCACGAGUUUGAGCUGAAUAUGUCAUUGACUUAUAGCCAACUUCGGGAUCAGGUCUGCAGAUUUGCUAACGUCUUGAAAGGGUUGGGCCUUAAAAAGGGCGACACUAUAAUCAACUAUACGCCAGAUUUGAUCCAAACGGUGAUCUCGAUGUUGGCCGCCAUAAGGCUGGGAGUGGUUUACGCUAACACUGUAUUUAUGACACCAUUUUUGGCCACAAAUUGUCUCAUUUUAAAACAUGUUAUUUCUUUGCGUAACCAACAGUUCCCGGGAUAUUCUGCCCAAUGUUUGGCUCAACGUAUGCUUGACUUGAAGUGUAAAGUUUUAACCACUUCUGAUGUCUAUUACAGUUAUAAACGGUUUAAUGAUUUGAAACAACACUCAGACCAAGCGAUUAGGAUUUGUCGCCAAAAGUAUAACCCUUUCAACAGUUUUAUAGCUGUUUGUCUUAAGUUUAAUCACGAAAUCAAAGCCAGAAUUUUUAUCAAGUAUUUAUCGGAUGGAAACUAUGGCCCGAAUAUUAGUGAUUAUAAUAGCGAUUUGGACCCAAGACUUGAUCACUGGUGGCACGACUUGAUUGAAAAUGCAGACACAGAGUGUCCACCCGUUUGGGUCGACUCCGAAGAUCCACUUUUUGGAAGUACUGGCAAACAGAAGGCUAUCGUUCAUUCCAGCGGUGGUUUUAUGGUAAUGAGUGCUCUGGUAUUCAAACACGCCUUCAAUUACGCGGACGGAGAUGUGGUCUACUGUUCGGGUUGUUUGGGUUGGAUUACCGGCCAAUUCAGUCAUGUGUUCGGAUCGCUGGCCAACGCGGCCACAGUUGUGCUGUCGGAGGGCUCGCAGACGUACCCAACCCCUGGCCGCUGGUGGAGAAUCAUCGAUGAAUACAAAGUGAAUAUAUUUUACGUCAAUCCGACGGAUAUCAGAAAUUUGAGAUCAUUUGGCGAUCAAUACCCCAAUGACUACCCAAUGGCUGACUUGAAAGUGAUUGGAGUCGUCGGUGAGACCAUCGAUGGCGAGACGUGGAAGUGGUUGUACGAAGUGGUCGGACGUCAACGAUGUCCUAUCGUUAACACGUAUUUCCAGAGCGAAACGGGCUGUCCGAUUAUAUUCCCGAUUCCGGGUGUUAUUCCCAUUAAAGUGGGAUCUGUUUCGCUGCCAUUCUUUGGCGUCCAACUCGUCAUUAUUGAUGAAAAUGGACACGAGUUAGAGGGAGAGGGAAACGGAACUCUUUUGAUUAAAACUGCCUUUCCAUCGAUCGCCAGAACUCUUUACGGCGAUUAUAAUCUCUACGAAAAGACAUCUUUCCACAAAUAUCCUAAUUAUUACUUCACUGGCGAUGGCGCCUAUCGAGACAAAGACGGCUAUAUUUCCAUCACCGGUCGAGUCGAUGAUAUGAUAAAUAAAUAUUCAUUGCUUAUAUCUCCGUCUGAAGUGGAGUCGGCUGUUAUGGCUUGCGAUGAAGUGUCUGAAGUGGCAGCGGUUCCCACACCCGAUCCAAUCACUGGCAGUCAUAUCUGUUGUUUUAUUACUUUGAAACCCAAUGUUAUCUGCGAUCGAAUCGUGGAUAUUGUCAAACAGAAAGUUAAUGAGAGGAUAGGCGUCGUUGCGAUUCCUCAAUAUGUGUAUUGUGUCAGAGCUUUACCUAAGAAUAAAUCUGGAAAAAUAAUGCGAAAACUAUUGACUAAAAUGGCUAUAAAUGACAAUAAUUUGGGCGAUUUGUCAACUCUUAUUGAUCCGUCAAUUAUUGAUGAGAUUAAAGCCAUUUGUGACUUUUAUCCAAAAAAACAAUUUCAGCUGUCUUUCCAAGACUUCUUCACCACAACUAUCACUCAACACAUCCACUCAACCAAAUCACUCACCCAUACAUUCGUUAUGCCAAUACUGAUCAGCGGAUCGACUGUCAGCUCGAGGAGCCGUAAAAUACACGUCUUGGACCCCAAUAGCAACACCCGAUUGGUGUCCGCAUCGGAGGGCGAUUCGAUGAUAAUGCACUGCUACCCAACCCCUGCCCCCAACCCCACCACUCUUCAGAUCCCUAACCCUAAGAAACUUAACACUAAACCAAAGCCAAGACCAGAGAAAACGACUGCCAUUCGUCCGGACAGAGCCAUACGGACUGCAAGGAGACGACUUGCGCUCAACACACACUCCGGUGGCUCUGAAGGCAAGACUCUGUGGAAGAGGUGCCGUAAGUUCGGUGCGAAAGCCAAACGAGUUGUCAGAUCAUUGCGAACGCGAUUCGGGACCGAAAGAGCCGAUUAUAAGCCACCGCUGAGGAGAGUCGGAGUGAAGAGACGUCUCGACCACCACUUCGACGAUCAGAUCUCAAUCUCGGAGUCUAAGAGAUCUAAAGCCGAGUACUGUCCACCGAUUGUUCAGUGUUUGUCCGUCGCGUUGUCUGCCGGCAAACGGAUCCACGAAUUGGUUGACGACUCUCGAGAGUUGAGAGUCGAGAACCCAAGAACUCUCGCUUUUCUAUAUCUCAACGCUAUUCCGGCCCAACACUGGUGUCCACUGGAAUUGGAGUCCAUUUUCACGAAUAGUGUCCAUCUGUUGGCGAUUAUAAACUCAUUCAGACCUGAAGUGAAUCAACACUUUAGGAGGAAAUCGCGACAAAUGUGGCGAAAACCCGCCGCAGGAGUCGAUCCGAUCGACCACUUGUGGACUAACGUCGAGACAGCCAUCAAAGACUGGAGGGUCGACCACAUCGACGACCUGUUAGUCCGACUCAAGACUACUCGUGGCUAUAAGAGUGAAUACAACUCAAUCAUCAAACACUCGUCGCCUCUACUCUUUGCGAAUGGCCUCCACUUGAGCUCACAUUUAGGAACCGGUAGUAACGGACUGGUAGUGAGUGCUCUACACAAUGGCAAACCAGUGGCCGUCAAGUUUUGCCGCAAUUUACUUCAAUCCAUCGACAAAGAGCUGAAGUCAUUGAUGGCGUGGAAUCACUCGAACGUAUUGUCGGCGCAUCCAAUCAUAUACCCCGAGAGCGGAGCCAAUCGCGUGAUAGUGAUGUCUGCGGCCGAGUCUAGUCUUCAGCCCUACACCACGGAAUCGGUGGUCCGACGACUCGACGCCCAAUGGGUUCUCACAGUGUUUCAAGACAUAGUCCGUGGCGUCCAAUACAUACACAGCAAAGGGUUCGCUCACUUGGAUCUGAAGCCCGAAAACGUAUUGCUCUUGAGAUGUGAGACAAGCGGAGGAUUAGUGGCAAAAAUAGCUGAUUUCGGGGCCAUUAAGACAGCGGUUGACGACCAGACGGGACAACCCAUGCCUAUGACCGCCGAAUACGGGAACGAAUGGUACGAAUCACCCGAAGCCACGAAUCAAGUGUUCGUUUACGACAUCCGAUGCUGUGAUGUGUUUGCCAUCGGUUUGAUUGGCCGACAACUGUUGCGUCCGAUACCGGGUGUCGACGCCAGCGAUCGCACGCGAGUAUUGGAUCAACUGCUGAACCUUGACUUCUAUUUGCGCCCCUCUUUGGACGCUAUACUCGACGACCCGUUACUGAAAGCCUCGUAUCGACGACCCAAACAUCUCGACGACUAUCAGACCCCGACAUCUGUGGUCGAGAUCCAGGAAUCAGUGAUAUCUCCGUCGCUAUACUAUUCGUGUCCAACACUUGAGUAUCUGUCGUGUGAAUCGGCGCCGGAGGACAACCGUCUGAUCGGUUCUUAUUGUGAAUCUCAAGCAAUGGUUUCACUGAUUGGAGACCAGCCCUCACUUGUUGAGCGAUCGCCGCCUCCGAAGGGCUACCAUCUGUUUGGACCUCAAUUCUCAACUUCUGAAUAG